AUGAAGCAUUCUUUAUAUGGAAGCUCAGAGAAGGAGGAGGCAGAUGAGAUAAAUUUCGCCUGUCUGCUAGCACCCACAGGAUACAACAGGGUGUGGCUACGCUCAACCAAAAGUCAUGGAUUCAUGGUUAUAGUCAGGCUUUUGUUUGGUCCUAUUAUCAAGUUAUUAACAUAUCCACCUCCACCUGCUAAGGGUGGCAUAUCUAUUACAAAUGAAGACCUUUACUGCCUCCAGGAAGGAGAGUUCCUGAAUGACGUCAUCGUUGAUUUUUACCUCAAGUAUCUAUUACAUGAAAAGUUGAGUGUAGCGGAUCAUGCUCGUACACACAUCUUCAGUUCUUUCUUCUAUAAACGUCUAACACAGCGUAUACGUGGCGCUGCUAUAGAUGAUGAUCCAAAUGUCACAUUACCAGUCAAAAGGCAUGCCAGAGUGAAAACUUGGACUCGUAAAUUAGAUCUCUUUGAAAAAGACUUUAUUGUUAUUCCUAUAAAUGAACAUGCCCACUGGUUUCUGGCCAUUAUAUGUUUCCCUGGUCUGGAGCAGCCAGUAGAAGUUCCCUACAUUCCUAGACCAAUGACAACACCUCUGAUAGAUCCCUCCAAGUGUCCCACACCUCCACAGCCAACUGAUGAUGGCGGAGAAGAAAUGGAUGCAGAAGAAAAUGAGGAUCCUUUGCCUGACUUAACAAAUAGCAAUACAGAAGCAGGAAAAUCACCAGUAACUGAUACAACAAAUGGAUCAUCUGCAGUAGAACCAGACAGUGAAAAAGAAAAGACUGAGUCACAGUCUGAAUCAGUAACUGACAGUGCAGAGCUUGAGAAUCAGUCUGAUAAAAAUAAUUCUGAGAACACUGAGGAGACACAGUCUGAACAGACUGAGUCUCAGACGGAAAAUGCUGGGUCACAGUCUGAAAAUGCAGAUACACAGUCUGAGGAAGGAAAAGAAGAACAGACUGGUAUUGAUACACCAGGAGAAAAAUCAGACACAGGUCAAGGAGAGUCUGGAAUACGGCAAACAAGAUCUAUGAAGACAAUAUUGAAGAGUAUACGAGGGAAGGCAGUGCCAGAAGGGGAACCUAUCCCGUCUGAUGCUAUAACUGGUGUCAAAAGGUAAAAAAAUUUAUUUAUAA